UGUUAUUCUUUCCGUGCAGGCAGAUUCACAGUUUCCGUGAUGUCAUUGGUCGUUGUCAUUGACAGAAGUCACGUGGUUUCAUGACGUGAUAUCCCGGAAGCUGUGAUUUGUUUUUUAACCGUAUUUAUUGUCGGCUCAGCGCGACGCCGAGUCGCACACAUGUAUGUCGGUGAGCCGCCAUAAGUAUGGAUAUGAUAAACAUUUUCCUACGUCCCGGCGUGCAUCGUGAGGUAUUUACCUGCCUUUUGACGCCAUUGUGAGCGUCCACCCCGAACCAUCACCAUGGCAUCUUCGAGGUGCAUUCAGGACCUCGCCACAGAGAAGGACAGACUUCUUUCCUCCACGGCCGACAACGGGUCUCAGGACCUUCUCGGGGCUAGUCUUGUGAGCGCCGACCUCCGCCGGCUGCAGGAGCAGGAGGAGGAAGAGUCCCUGAGGAGGAAGCUGAAGUAUUUCUUCAUGAGCCCGUGCGACAAGUACCACGCCAAGGGACGCAAGCCCUUCAAGCUGGGCCUGCAGCUGCUCAAAAUCGUCAUCGUCACAGUGCAGCUGGUGCUCUUUGGCCUGAGCAACCAGAUGGUUGUGACGUUCAAAGAGGAAAACACAGCGGCGUUCAAACAUCUCUUUCUGAGGGGUUACCAUGACAACACUCCUCAGGCGGUCCACACGCAAAAGGAACUGUACGGCCACAUCAACUUUACCAUUGAGCAGUACCUCGCUCUCCCCGAGAUCUCUCUGGGACAGUAUGCCUACGUACCAGGUGUCGGGGGAAAUGGAAGUGCGCUCCUCCUGUGCCAGAGGUACUACAAGAGGGCCACCAUCAUUCCUGUCAAUGAAACCUUCGACAUCGAUCCUCAUAUUCUCACUGAGUGCACUGGAGUCAGCCCGCAGACUCACGGUUCCGCUGGAGGAGACGGCGACUACAGGAACUUCACUCUCAACUUUUACAAGCUGAUCAAUGUGACAAUUGAUUUCCAGCUGAAGGCGAUCAACGUUCAGACCAUCAUCAACAAUGAGAUCCCCGACUGCUACACCUUUGCUAUCACGAUCCUCAUGGACAACCGAGCUCACAGCGGCAAAGUUAAGGUGAGUUUACAAAACCAGGCCUCCAUAAGGGAAUGUAAGGACCCCAACGUGUCUGGACACGCGGAGAGCUACGCCCGGGAGUUCUUUGACGUGUUGGUGGCGCUCGUUUGCCUGCUCUCUCUGCUGCUGUGUGGACGCUCCGUCCUCAGAGGUGUAAUCCUGCAACACGAAUACGGACAGUUUUUCCAGAGCAGACUGGGCCGUGGCGUGAGCUGGGGCGACAGAAUGGAGUUCAUCAACGGCUGGUACAUUCUGCUCAUCGUGAGCGACAUGUUCACCAUCGUCGGCAGCUUCAUCAAGAUUGGGAUCGAGUCCAAGAAUCUAUCAUCCUACGACGUGUGUUCCAUCCUGCUGGGAACGUCCACUUUGUUGGUAUGGCUGGGAGUCAUCCGUUAUCUCAGCUUCUUUCAGAAAUACAACAUCUUGAUCGUGACACUCCGAGCUGCUUUCCCCAAUGUCAUCCGCUUCUGCUGCUGCGCGGCCGCCAUAUAUUUGGGAUACUGCUUCUGUGGCUGGAUUGUACUGGGCCCGUAUCAUACCAAGAGUCCCAGCAGGGAGGAUGAAGAUGAGGAUGAGGAUGAUGCAGAGAACCGACUGACCUUGAACUGCUCUCUCCUCUCUCUAACUGAACUGUGCAUUCCUACUCACGCUGUUACACUCGCCUAGUCUGCACCAGCUAAAUGACCAGCUUUGGAUUUUCUUCUGAAGGGAUAAUGACUUGCUGUGAAAUGUAAAGCCAGUAAUCACACAACGUACUUGAACUCACCGCCAUGUAAAGACUACUUUUUUUUUUUUUUUUUAGCUUUUUUAUUGUCAAUGUCAGGAUUUUUAAAUGUUCCUUGCAAAGUAGAAUAGACACCAAAAUAACUAUUGCGAUAUGGUGUCAUUAGGGGUGUCAUGAUGCAACCUUUUUUUAUUAUUUUAUUUUUUGUUUUACUUCCGAUACGAUUUUGAAGCAUUGAUUAUUGGCCGAUACCGAUAUUGAUCCGAUACGAUAUUAUAGGGCUGCGCGAUACGGCCGAUCUCGGAUGAUUAUUAUUAUUUUUUAUGAGCUAUCGAAAGGAGCAGAAGACAAAUACAUGAAAUGUCAACAUUUUAUUACCUUCCUCUGAUUUUAGGCAGAAGGUGAACGCAAGCGUGGAAAACAUAUGUGUAAAUAUAUAUAUAUAUAUAUAUAUAUAUAUAUAUAUAUAAUUGUGUUAGAUGUAAAUAUAAACGGAAUACAAUGAUUUGCAAAUCAUUUUCAACUCAUAUUCAGUUGAAUAUGCUACAAAGACAACAUAUUUGAUGUUCAAAAUGAGAAACAUUUUUUUUUAUUGCAAAUAAUCAUCUUUAGAAUUUGAUGCCAGCAACACGUGACAAAGAAGUUGGGAACGGUGGCAAUAAAUACUGAUAAAGUUGAAGAAUGCUCAGCAAACACUUAUAUGAAACAUCCCACAGGUGUGCAGGCUGAUUGGGAACAGGUGGGUGCCAUGAUUGGGUAUAAAAGCAGCUUCCAUGAAAUGCUCAUUCUUUCACAAACAAGGAUGAGGUGAGGGUCGCCACUUUGCAAGCAAUAUGUCGAACAGUUUUAGAACAUUUCUCAACGAGCUAUUGCAAGGAAUUUUGGGGAUUUUACCAUCUACGGUCCGUUAAAUCAUCAAAAAGUUCAGGGAAUCUGGAGAAAUCACUGCACGUAAGCGAUUUUAUUACGGACUUUUGACCCCUCGGGCGGUACUGCAUCAAAAACCGACAUCAGUGUGAAAAGGAUAUCACCACAUGGGCUCAGGAACACUUCAUAAUACCAUUGACAGUAACUAUAGUUGGUCGCUACAUCUGUAAGUGCAAGUUAAAACUCUACUAUGCGAAGCCAAACCCAUUUAUCAACAACAUCCAGAAACGCCGCCGGCUUGGCUGGGCCCGAGCUCACCUAAUAUUUUUAAAAUCUCCUGAUGAUUGAGGGAACCCCUCAUGUAACAGUUCUGUAGAGAUGAAGUAGUCCUGUGAUUUUUCCCACACCUACAUAUUGCGCUCUACCACGGUAUCGAGCACUAUUCUCUGGAUAAUCCAAUCAAGGCAUAUAUAUAUAUAUAUAUAUAUAUAUAUAUUUUAAAUGAGCUAAUAUUUGCAAAGAAUAACAAGGUUUUCCAGUUCGAACGUUAAGUAUCUUGUCUUUGCAGUCUAUUCAAUUGAAUAUAAGUUUAACAUGAUUUGCAAAUCAUUUUAUUCUGUUUUCAUUUACCAUUUACACAACGUGCCAACUUCACUUUUUUUUGCGGUUUGUAAUAUGCAACAACGACUAUUACAUACUUGUUUAUAUUAACUAAAGACUGCAAUAUCAUUUAAUUAAGGACACAUAUUACAUAUUUUUGUUUAGCUUGUUUGCUAUUGUGUGCUGAGCUGUUGUGUAGCUGCCACCUCCCAGUUGUCCAUAGCCUACCACAGAUGACUUGACUAAAAUAGAAUUAUAUUUUUUUGCUAUUAUGGUGAGUCAGUAUGGGAUGAGGACACUCCGAGUGUACACUUGUUCCACAUUUACAGUCCAGGCUGUCGCUCCGUCCUCCCUUCAACUCUUCUUUUGUUCUUGCCGGGAAGUUUCCUGUAGAAAGUAAUUAUGUUUUCUUCAUCUUUAAGGACAUUUUUGGCCAAAGUCGACCAUUUUCCGUAAUUAUGUAGAGCAGGUCGACGAAUGUUUCAAGUGGCCCUUUGAGGAAGGGUAAUUGCUGAUUUAUUUGAUCCCAUCCAAGACGUGUGUUCUUAAAGCAUUUAAAGGGAACAAUGGGUCGGAAGGUGACUUGAUGAAAUGCUAAUGUCAUUCCAGAACGCUGAGUGAAGGGCAAAGUUCCAUGGAUGAACUCCUCUUGAAAGGUGAAAGGGAAUGAUGUCAAUGAUUUGGUCUUCUGUGGCUGUAUAUUUAUGUUUGCACUUGCACCUGUUGGUUGACACGCCUCACUUUAGAAGUAGACAGCACAUAUGCUGGUGAAGUAAGUAAUACUUGAAUGGACUGCAUGUUUACACACCUUUGGAGAUGCUGCCUCAUACACAGCAGCUAAAUAAACUCCUGUGGCAAUGGUGAAAAAGAAAAAAACUAUCAA